AUGCGUUUUCUCUGUCUUCAUGGUAUGGGCACUAAUAGCCGAGAACAGAUCUUCGAGCUACAGACCGCAGCUGCUAUCCGCCAAGGUCUAGGAGACAACCACAGCUAUGAAUGGCUAGACGGAUCAAUCAAGACGGAAAUGGCCCCAGGGAUGCAGGACCUUGUCGCGCCGGACGACGAGUUCCUCAUGUACGUUGAUGACACGGCGGAGACCCGCCGGCAGGUUCUAACGGAUAUGGAUGAGUUCCUUGCCAUGGAGACAGAGCCGUUCGAUGGGCUUUUGGCCUUCUCACUGGGCGCGGGCUGCGGUGCCAGCUAUCUGAUGCACAAAAUGCAGCAGGGCACCCCGAACAACCGGCUUCCCUUUCGCUUUGCCGUGUUCUUCUGCGGGGCACCAGCGCUAUUUGGGGGACCGAUUCUGGAGAGGAUUGUUGCGCCGGAAAUGGAUUCAGAAGCAAUUGGCAGCGACAAGGCGAGGGAAGGUGAGAGCGAAGUGCCGUCGGGGAUGAUCGAAAUCCCUACUGCGCACAUUUGGGGGCGGAAUGACACGCUAUGGGGCUAUGGCCCUGAGCUCAGCCGGUGUUGCAAGGCUGAGAAUCGAGAGAUCGUCGUGCACGAUGGUGGACAUGAGAUUCCAGGGGCACGCGAUCCUGUCACGCUGGCCAGGUCCCUUCGGGCAAUCAAGCGAACGAUUGCGAGGGCGGGAGGUGAGGAGUAA